GGGAUAGUGGAGUCAUAGGAGAGAACCAACCAAGUAAUUCGAGAAGAGACGCGUCUUUGUCAUUUCGAUUCUAUCUCUAGUUUGUAAACUAUCAGUUUUCGAUCCAGUCACAGAGUUAGACAUCUCGUACUUUUCCUCGCCAGUUGUUUUUUAAUGAUUUAGGAUUUUCUCAACAAUUCUUGCAAUCCUCUUUUGGGCGAUUCCCUGCUGAAGGAUGCCGGAUCAAAUAUCGGUGUCCGAGUUUCUCUCGGAGACAACAGAGGAUUACAAUUCUCCUACCACGUCCAGCUUCACGACCCGCCUGCAGAGCUGUAGGAACACAGUCAACGUUCUGGAAGAGGCUUUGGAUCAGGACAGGACUGCGCUGCAGAAGGUGAAGAAAUCAGUCAAGGCCAUCUACAGCUCAGGCCAAGACCAUGUCCAGAAUGAGGAGAACUAUGCCCAGGCUCUGGAUAAGUUUGGCAGCAAUUUCAUCAGCAGAGACAACCCUGACCUGGGAACAGCCUUCGUCAAGUUCUCCACCCUGACCAAGGAGCUGUCGACCCUGCUCAAGAACCUGCUCCAGAGCCUGAGCCAUAAUGUGAUCUUCACCCUGGACUCGCUGUUGAAGGGGGACCUGAAAGGCGUGAAAGGGGACAUAAAGAAGCCCUUUGACAAAGCCUGGAAGGAUUAUGAAGCUAAGUUUACAAAGAUCGAGAAGGAAAAGAGGGAGCAUGCCAAGCAGCAUGGGAUGAUUCGCACGGAGAUAACAGGUGCGGAGAUCGCUGAGGAGAUGGAGAAGGAACGCCGUCUCUUCCAACUCCAGAUGUGUGAGUAUCUGAUCAAAGUCAAUGAGAUCAAGACCAAGAAGGGAGUGGACCUUCUCCAGAACCUAAUCAAGUAUUACCACGCACAGUGCAAUUUCUUCCAAGAUGGCUUGAAGACGGCGGAUAAGCUGAAGCAGUACAUUGAGAAGCUGGCUGCUGACCUCUACAAUAUAAAGCAGACCCAGGAUGAGGAGAAGAAACAUCUGACUGCGCUCAGAGAUCUGAUCAAGUCCUCCCUUCAGCUGGACCAGAAGGAGGACUCCCAGAGUAAGCAGGGUGGCUAUAGCAUGCACCAGCUGCAGGGCAACAAAGAGUUUGGCUGUGAGAAGAAAGGCUACCUGAUGAAGAAGAGUGAUGGGCUGAGGAAGGUGUGGCAGAGGAGGAAGUGUUCAGUGAAGGGUGGCAUGCUCACCAUCUCUCAUGCCACGUCCAACAGGCAGCCUGUGAAACUCAACCUGCUCACCUGCCAGGUCAAGCCCUGCGCUGAGGACAGGAAGUGCUUCGAUCUAAUUUCCCAUAACCGGACAUAUCACUUCCAGGCUGAGGAUGAACAGGAGUUUGUCAUCUGGAUCUCGGUGCUAUCCAACAGUAAGGAGGAGGCUCUGAACAUGGCAUUCCGUGGAGGAGAGGACGGAGGAGGAGGAGGAGGAGAGGAUGGCCUCGAGGACCUGACCAAAGCCAUCAUAGAUGACGUGCUGCGCAUCCCUGGCAACGAAGUCUGCUGUGACUGUGGCGCUGCAGAUCCAAAAUGGCUGUCCACUAACCUAGGCAUCUUGACCUGCAUCGAGUGCUCUGGUAUCCACCGGGAGAUGGGAGUGCACAUCUCACGCAUCCAAUCCAUGGAGCUAGAUAAGCUAGGCACCUCUGAACUCUUGCUGGCCAAGAACGUAGGGAACAGUAGUUUCAAUGAAAUAAUGGAGGGGAACCUUCCCUGUCCCUCACCAAAGCCCACUUCUUCGAGUGAUAUGACAGUGAGGAAGGAGUUCAUCAAUGCUAAGUAUGUGGACCACAAGUUUGCACGGAAGACCUGUACCUCCUCGGCAGCUAAGACCAUCGAGCUGUGUGAGGCGGUCAAGUCCAGGGAUCUGCUGUCUCUCAUCCAGGUGUACGCUGAGGGGGUAGAGCUAAUGGAGCCCCUGCCUGAGGGUGGACAGGAGGCCGGAGAGACUGCACUCCACUACUCUGUGCGCACUGCUGACCAGACCUCACUGCACCUGGUCGACUUCCUCGUGCAGAACAGUGGGAGCCUGGAUAAGCAGACAGAGUGGGGAAACACUGCCCUGCACUACUGCUGCAUGUACGAGAAACACGAAUGUCUCAAACUACUGCUGAGGGGCAAACCAGCCACUGACAUCACCAAUCAGAAUGGUGAGACGGCACUGGAUGUUGCCAGGCGACUGAAGAACAGUCAGUGUGAGGAGGCACUGUUGCAGGCUGCAGCGGGAAAGAUUUACCCUCACAUCCACGUGGAGUAUGAGUGGAGCCUGAGGCUUGAUGAGAUCGACGAGAGCGAUGACGAUCUGGACGACAAGCCUAGUCCCAUCAAGAAAGACCGCUCCCCCAGGCCGCAGAGUUUCUGCCACACGUCCAGCAUGUCUCCCCAUGACAAGCUGUCCCUGCCGGGCUUCAUCAGCCACCGGGACAAGCAGCAGCGCAUGUCUUACAGCGCCUUCACCAACCAGAUGUACUCCGCCUCCACCGACCUCACUUCCUCUUCCUCCCCUGUGGCCGACGGCCCCCCUCUGCCCCCCAGGAACCAGGGCAAAGCUCCUCCCUCCACCCUCACCCCUGGAGGCAGCUCCACCCUGUCUAAGAAGAAGCCUCCGCCCCCUCCCCCUGGGCACAAACGCACCCUGUCUGACCCGCCCAGCCCGCUCUCCCACAGUAGAGGGGGCUUAUCCGGGGGAAGUGACUCCACCCCUCCUCCUGCGAACAAGAUGUCACCUUUAUCCAACAAGUUUGAGGGCAUUCCACAGCAGCAAAGCACUACUUCUAGCAACACAAAGUCUACACUUGGUCCAAGGGUUCUACCCAAACUACCUCAGAAAGUGGCACUGCGUAAGAUCGACACCAUACACCCAUCUAUGGACAAACCUGGCCUGCCUCCGGAGGUGCUCCAGAAAUCCCCUCCAGGACCUGAAUGCCUAACAAAAGCCAUCCUUCCCGACAAGCCCCAACUAGGGGACCUUCUCCCCAAACCCCAGCUCUCUGAACUGCCCCCUAAACCUGGAGAACUGCCCCCCAAGCCCCAGCUCGCCAACCUCCCUCCCAAACCCCAGUUAGGGGACCUACCGCCCAAACCCCAGCUCAAAGACCUACCCCCCAAGCCUCAGCUCUCCCAAGACGGCCAUCCGAAACCAGGGGCAGCAGAUCUGCCCAUUCCGAGACCACCCCCUGGAGAGCUUGUGCCGAAGCCCCAGCCCCCCGACUCACCGGUGGCUAAUCAACAGGCAGAGACGGAGAGCCCAUCCCCCCAGGGCAGCGAGGACACCAAUGGGAGCCCGGCGUGUGCUCCAGAGACACCAGUGCCCUUGCCCAGGAAGAUCAACACGGGGAAGACCAAAUCUCGGCGGGUGAAGACAAUCUAUGACUGCCAGGCUGACAACGAUGACGAGCUGACGUUUGUGGAGGGAGAGGUGAUCAUAGUGACAGGAGAGGAGGACGGGGAGUGGUGGAUCGGCCACAUUGAAGGGCAGACGGAAAGGAAAGGGGCGUUCCCAAUGUCCUUUGUCCACAUCCUAAGUGAAUGACAGCCAGAUGAGGCUUGCACUAUAAACCCCCGUCCUCACCCCUAGUAGUAUCCCUGUUCUGUAAAUAGCUACUGUAACAACAUAUGAAACCAGUGUACUAAAGAAAAAAACACAAGAAACCGAAGUAGGCUCAACUAGCCACUGGAUGCUGAGCACAUCCAUGUUGUAAAUAAAAUGAGUAUUCUUACCAGUAUUAUCUUAACCUUAGAGCACGGCCUAUGACUGCCAUAGCCAUUCUCAAAACCUAGCACUUACCCUAAAGUCUAUGUUCAUGCUGUUACUGUGUGUAUAUAUAUAUAUGUAUGUAUAUAUAUAUUUCUGUGUGUGUGUGUGUAUAUACAUGUUUUAUUGUACAAUCAUGUACAAUCAUACAUGUGCUCUCUGCCUGCCAGAUAUCAGGGCAGCCGUGUUUGAAUAUUCUCUGUAAUCAUUUUACUGGUGGUCAUCACUGAUAUCAUUGCUUGCAUUUCUGGAGAAGGACAAAUAUGAAAGAAACCAUGUCACUCGUCUCUCACCAUUUCGUCAUCCUACACCCCCAUUAGACUGAAGAGAUUCUCAUGUCUCCAACUGAAACCUACCAUGAUAACUCAUGAUGAAAUAAGUAUUAAUUCAGUGUAUUCCUUGUCGUUGCUCGCUUUGUGGUGCACAUGUAUUGGGAUUGUUUCAGUAUCACACCUGCUGCUACUGUAUGGUGGGAUAUCAGAAGCCCCUGUGGAACCUCACAGGUCACCAGUAGUUCUCUCUGCUUAACACCGUUUCACUGUGUGACCAGUCAUCUCCACCCUACUAUGUAGACCUUUCUGUGCAUGGUAGAAACAUGACUGGAAUUGAGCAGUGCUAUUUAAAAAAGCCACUCAGGGUUUGAAGAACCACUUCUGAUCGCUACUAACACUCAUGAGUACAUGGGAAGGUCAAUGCGGUCAGUCUAAGCAAUAAUUGGGGAGAAAUCUCAGAUGGCCUAGGGAGAGAUUUGAACAAAUGUCCAUUGACACUUCAAACCCAUACAGGGUUAGGUCAAUCAGGAUUUAUACAUGGGACAAGAGUCACGAGUGCCACUGUUUAGACAAACUAAGAUGUAGCCGGUGUGGACAUUCAAAUUCAUCCAGAAAGAGGCAGUCGAGCAGAAAUAAAGUUUGCCUAGCCCAGUGUUAUCCUUAGAACGCUGAGUGCUUCUUGGACAGGUCAUUGCAACUAGAUGGAACUGAUAGAUGUGUCCUUCCCUCCCCAUUGACUAAUUCCUCUGGUUUACACUCCAUGUAACGGAAUUUCAACCCAAAUCAUUCCAUUGUAUUAAAGUGUUUUGUUGUAAUGGA